AUGUCAGUCAUGGAUGACACUGGCGUUCAAAAAGCAAUUUGGGAUGGUGAUGCCAAAGCUGUUCAGCAAUGUCUGACGGAUAUAUUUACAAGUGUCUACACCACGUGUGACAUCCCAGAAAAUGCCAUCUUUGGUCCCUGCGUGCUGAGCCACACUUCUCUCUAUGACAGUAUAGCCUUCAUCGCCCUCAAAUCUACUGAUAAGAGGACAGUACCCUACAUAUUCCGGGUGGACACUUCAGCUGCAAACGGCUCCUCUGAGGGACUGAUGUGGCUCCGUCUGGUUCAGUCUGCUAGAAACAAAGAAGAACAAAAUCUGGAAGCCUACAUCAAAAACGGACAACUGUUCUACAGAUCCCUGCGCAGGAUUGCCAAAGAUGAGGAGCUGUUAGUUUGGUACGGGAAGGAACUGAUAGAUCUGCUUCUUCUCAACCCUGGCAGGAGCCAAGCAAAAACUGCGGGAUCAUCUCAAUUCAUCUGUUUGGAGUGUAACCAGAGAUUCCAGUAUGACUUCCCCUAUGCAGCUCAUGUGAGAUUUCGUUGUCCUAAAAGACUCCACACUUUAGAUUCCAACUCAGAGCAACUAGGCAAGGACCCACGGGAUCUAGAGCCUCGAAACGCCAUGAUCUCUACACCCAAAUACAACAAACUGUCAAUUUACCAGCCUCAAAAAGAGAACCACAAGCCCACCACAGACUUUCAUAACUUGGCCAGGGACAUGGAGAAUAUUAGAGGCCCUUGCUCAUCAUCCUUCAGGUCUACUCCUUCACCCAAGUCUAAUCUAUCAAGACAGGACUCUGAAAGCACCACCGAAAGUCUCCAUAAAACCAAAAGAAAGUAUGAUGACCACCUUGAGGACACCAGAUCCAAAAGGAUUGACCCAUCUGGAAGGUUUCUGGACAGGCCAAUGCCUUCUUCCAAAGAGGAUUUGGUGUGUAGCCCUCAGUCAUUCAGAGGGAACUCUUACUUCAAUGUGGAUGAAGGUGGACAGUUAUAUGCUCCUCCAAGCCCAGAGACAGGAGAAGCCAAAAGAAGCGCUUUUGUAGAAGUAAAAAAUUCAAGAGCAAUUGAAGAGAAUAAUCCAAGCACAGAUGGUAAAGAUAUAUCUCCUCUCCAUGCCAGCAGUCCAAGCGAAGACAAGAGGCUACAUGUUAGGCCAGAAAAUCGGGCAGAGGACAGCCCUACCAUGGGCAGUGCCUUUACCAGUGUAGCCCAGUUGGUGAACCCCGAGCAGGAGAGAAAAAGUGCUUUUUCUCAGCCAACUAGAAGCAGCUUCAACCAUGUAGCUCCUUUGCAGGUUAUGGGACAAAAACUGGUGUCUAGUGGGGUAGGUUUGGAUUGCCAUGGAGACAGUGUUGGGCCACCAAGGCUGUUUCAGACUGACCCUCUCUCAGUCAAGAUGUCAAGCCCUGAACUGAAUGGCAGCUGCACACUUCCAGGAAGCUUGCCAAAGCAAAGUCCUUUCCUCUUUGCCACCACGUUUUGGCCAAAGAGCUCAGCUGGACCUCUCCAGUUGCAGAUGCCUUCUACACUUACCCUAUUGCCUCCUUCAUUCACCUCUCUAUGCCUGCCAGCUCAAAACUGGUGUGCCAAAUGCAAUGCUUCUUUUAGGAUGACCUCAGACCUAGUGUAUCACAUGAGGUCCCACCACAAAAAGGAGUACGCCAUGGAGCCCCUGGUGAAGAGGAGGAGAGAGGAGAAACUCAAGUGCCCCAUAUGCAACGAGUCCUUUAGGGAACGUCACCACCUAUCCAGGCACAUGACCUCUCACAACUGA